AUGCUGGAUUUCUACUAUCUUCCAGGGUCAGCUCCGUGCCGGGCAGUACAAAUGGUGGCACAGGCGGUUGAUGUACAGCUAAAUCUGCAAUACCUCGAUCUGAUGGCGGGUGCCCAUCGGUCAGCCAACUUUACUAAGCUAAACCCGCAGCAAACGAUACCGACGCUCGUCGAUGGUUCCCUGGUGUUGUGUGAGUCUCGUGCAGCCCUGAUAUAUCUUUGCGAGCGUUACGCGAAGGAAGGUAACGACUGGUACCCGCAAGAUAUCAUCCAACGCGCCACCAUCAAUCAGCGGCUGUUCUUCGAUGCCUGUGUGCUGUAUCCACGAUUUACCGACUAUUAUCACCCGCAAGUGUUUGGAAAUGCAGCACCGGAUGCCAAGAAACGUGCUGCCUUUGAACGGUCCGUGGAACUGCUGGACCUCUUCCUGAUGGAGCAUGAAUUCGUGGCAGGUUCGAAGAUGAACAUCGCAGAUAUAAGUAUUUUCGCAACGCUGACUACGGCCUGUGUGUUGGGCUUCGAUCUAAACCGAUAUGCUAAUGUGGAUAGAUGGUACCUCACCAUGAUGGGCUCAUGUCCAGGAGCGCAGGUGAACGUGACGGGAGCGAAGGAGUUUUUAAAGUACAAAUAA